GGGAGGCCCCGGAGCAGUUCUGACCGAAGUUCAGCUGUACUGUCAGACUCUUCAUCAGUGUGCUCCCCUUCAAGCAAGUCUGAAACCACGUCCAUGGAGAAAGUAAAGAAGAAGGAUCUGAAAAGCGGGGAAAAAAGACGAGGAAGACCUCCAACGCUUACUAGUGUAAAGUUCAAGUUGUCGCAAGUAAAGGACGCAUCAGAUAUUCAGAAGGGAAGCAAAGAAGAUAAAGAGAGUCUGAAAAAAAUCAAAAGGUCACCAUCCACUACAUUUCAGCAAGCAACUAAAAUUAAGAAAUUAAGAACUAGUAAACUCUCCCCACUAAAAUCUAAAUUUAAGCCUGGGGCAAAACUUCAAAUAGGGAGGAAAAGCGUUCAGAUUGUGCGCAGGAGAGGAAGGCCGCCAUCUUCUGAACGUUUGAAGACUUCCUCGAGCUUGGUCAUAAAUUCACAGCUGGAGAAACCCCAAAGGAUACGUAAAGAAAAGGAUGGCACGCCGCCUCCUACGAAGGAAGAGAAGACUGCUGUCAGACAGAGUCCACGCAGGAUUAAGCCUGUUAGGAUCAUACCCUCCACAAAAAGGACAGAUGCAACAAUCGCUAAGCAACUCUUGCAGAGGGCUAAGAAGGGGGCACAAAAAAAGAUUGAGAAAGAAGCAGCCAAAUUGCAGGGCAGAAAGGGGAGAACCCAGCUGAAAAACAUCCGACAGUUCAUCAUGCCAGUUGUAAGUGCUAUCUCUUCACGGAUUAUUAAAACACCCAAGCGGUUCAUUGAAGAUGAAGACUACGACCCUCCUAUUAAAAUAUCCCGACUAGAAUCCACGCCAAACAGCAGGUUCAGUGCUACGUCUUGUGGAUCCAGUGAAAAAUCCAGUGCUGCUUCUCAGCAUUCAUCUCAGAUGUCUUCAGACUCCUCCCGGUCCAGUAGCCCAAGCGUCGACACGUCUACGGACUCUCAGGCUUCUGAGGAGAUGCAGACGCUUUCUGAGGAGCGAAGUAAUACUCCAGAAGUUCACACACCUCUACCCGUUUCUCAGUCCCCUGAGAAUGAUAACAGCGACAGGAGAAACAGAAGGUUUUCCAUAACAGAAAGAAGUUUUGGCCAGAGGGCUGCUAAAAAGCUGUCAGCCUUGCCAAGUGUGCCACAGCAGCAGUCCUCCUCCUCUCCUCCUCCCCCUCUGCUCACUCCUCCUCCACCACUGCAACCUGCUUCUGGCAUCUCAGACCACACUCCCUGGCUUAUGCCUCCUACCAUACCUUUAGCUUCACCCUUUCUUCCUGCUUCUGCUGCACCAAUGCAAGAGAAACGUAAAUCAAUUCUACGAGAGCCAACGUUUAGGUGGACCUCUCUAAAGCAUUCCAGGUCAGAACCACAGUACUUCUCAUCAGCAAAAUAUGCCAAAGAGGGUCUUAUUCGCAAGCCAAUAUUUGAUAACUUUAGACCCCCACCGCUGACACCGGAGGACGUUGGCUUUGCAUCUGGCUUCUCGACGCCAGGUGCUACGGCUCCAGCACGUCUGUUUUCUCUUCAUUCUGGAACAAGAUUUGAUAUGCACAAGAGAAGUCCUCUGUUGAGAGCUCCGAGAUUCACUCCAAGCGAGGCCCACUCCAGAAUCUUUGAGUCUGUAACUUUGCCCUCAUCCGUUGGUCGAACCACUACGGGAACUUCUGCAACAGGUGUCUCUUCUAGGAAACGAAAGAGAAAAGUGUUUAGCCCUAUCCGCUCAGAACCCAGAUCUCCUUCGCACUCCAUGAGGACCAGAAGUGGGAGACUUAGUACCUCUGACCUGACAACUCUCACCCCACAGUCUUCUGUCUCUUCCUCAUUAACUAGCAUUUCUGUUAGUUCUCUUGCCACUAGUGCCUUAAAUUCAACUUUUACUUUUCCUUCCCAUUCCCUAACACAGUCUGGGGAAUCAGCAGAAAGAAGCCAGAGACAAAGGAAGCAGACUAGCACUCCAGCAGAGCCUUUCUCAUCUAGUAGUCCUACUCCUCUCUUUCCUUGGUUCACAACAAGUCCCCAGACAGAGAGAGGCAGAAACAAAGACAGGGCAACAGAGGAACUGUCCAAAGAUAAAGACGCUGAUAAGAGUGUGGAGAAGGACAAGAGCAGAGAGAAAGACAGAGAGAGAGAGAAGGAGAACAAACGUGAGUCAAGGAAAGAGAAAAGGAGAAAAGGGUCAGAAAUUCAGAGUAGCUCUGCUUUGUUUCCUGUAGGUAAAAUGCCCAAAGAAAAAGUUGUCAGUGAAGAUGUUGCAGCAUCAUCUUCUGCAAAAAAAACUGCCGGGCGGAGGAAGUCUACAGCAAUAGAUCCUGUGGCAGAUGUUUCCACUGCUGCUCUGGUAGAUACAACAGCCAUCAAAACCAAAACAUCCAAGAAAGGUAGAGGGGGGUUAGACAAAUCAGAUCUGGACCUCAGCCCUGCUGUGCCGGCUUUGGAGAAGGAAAAAGCUCUGCGUCUCUCUACUCCUGCUUCAAGCACCGUUAAACAUUCCGCUUCCUCCAUCAGCUCUAUGUUGGCUCAAGCAGACAAACUGCCAAUGACUGACAAAAGGGUAGCCAGUCUUCUGAAAAAAGCAAAAGCCCAGCUGUACAAGAUCGAGAAGAGCAAGUCCCUCAAACAAGCAGAUCAGCCAAAAGCACAGGGACAAGAGAGCGAUUCAUCAGAAACGUCAGUCCGAGGACCACGAAUAAAGCAUGUUUGCAGGAGAGCAGCUGUUGCCCUGGGCCGCAAGCGAGCGGUGUUUCCUGAUGACAUGCCCACUCUGAGUGCCUUACCGUGGGAAGAGCGAGAGAAGAUUCUGUCUUCCAUGGGGAAUGAUGACAAAUCAUCAAUAGCUGGCUCCGAAGAGGCUGAACCUCUUGCUCCACCUAUCAAACCAAUUAAGCCGGUAACGAGAAACAAGGCACAGCAGGAACCUCCAGUGAAGAAGGGCCGACGCUCAAGGCGCUGUGGGCAGUGCUCAGGCUGUCAGGUUCCAGAGGAUUGUGGUGUCUGCACGAACUGUCUGGACAAACCCAAGUUUGGUGGGCGGAAUAUAAAGAAGCAGUGCUGCAAAAUGAGAAAGUGUCAGAAUCUACAGUGGAUGCCUUCAAAAGCAUAUCUCCAGAAGCAAGCUAAAGCUGCAAAAAAGAAAGAGAAGAAAUCCAAGACAAAUGAAAAGAAAGAAAGUCAUUCUGGGAAGAACCAACUGGACUCUGGACAGAAACCAACUCCUCCAGCUGUUGUACCAAGAGAAGACAGUGCUGUAAAGAAGAGCAGCGAACCUGCUCGAAAGCCUGUGGAGGAGAAGCAUGAGGAUGGGAAUUCCUCUGUGCCCCCACCAGAGCCCAAACAGACCCCUGCAUCUGGUGCCAGAAAGACUGGCAAACAAACAGCCCAGCCAGUACAGCUCCCUCCAUCUCAGCCACCAAGCUCAGGACCUUUGAAAAAGGAAGCACCAAAAGUUACUGCUUCUGAGCCUAAGAAAAAGCAGCCUCCACAGCCAGAAAUAGGCACAGAACAAAACAAACAGAAAAAAAUUGCUCCCCGUCCAACUUUCCCUGUGAAACAGAAACCAAAAGAAAAGGAAAAGCCCCCUCCUAUAAGCAAGCCAGAAAGCAGCACGCUGAAUUUGCUCAGCACUUUGACUAAUGGGAGCAGUUCCAAGCAAAAGCCACCUACAGAUGGAGUCCACAGAAUCCGAGUGGAUUUCAAGGAGGACUGUGAAGUGGAGAAUGUUUGGGAGAUGGGUGGGUUAGGCAUCGUGACCUCGGUUCCUAUUACUCCCAGGGUGGUGUGUUUUCUCUGUGCCAGCAGUGGACAUGUGGAGUUUGUGUAUUGUCAGGUCUGUUGUGAGCCUUUCCACAAGUUCUGCUUAGAGGAGAGCGAGCGGCCCCUGGAGGACCAGCUGGAAAACUGGUGCUGCCGUCGCUGCAAGUUCUGCCACGUGUGUGGGAGACAGCACCAGGCCACCAAGCUGCUGGAGUGUAACAAGUGCCGAAACAGCUAUCACCCUGAGUGCCUGGGCCCAAACUACCCAACCAAACCCACCAAGAAAAAGAAAGUUUGGAUAUGUACCAAAUGUGUUCGCUGCAAGAGCUGUGGAUCCACAACGCCAGGCAAAGGGUGGGAUGCUCAGUGGUCUCAUGACUUCUCACUGUGUCAUGAUUGUGCCAAACUCUUUGCUAAAGGGAAUUUUUGUCCCCUCUGUGACAAAUGCUACGAUGAUGAUGACUAUGAGAGUAAGAUGAUGCAGUGUGGGAAAUGUGACCGCUGGGUACACUCCAAAUGUGAAAACCUUUCUGAUGAAAUGUAUGAGAUACUCUCUAACUUGCCUGAGAGUGUAGCAUACACCUGCAUUAACUGUACAGAGCAGCACCCUGCGGAAUGGCGUCUUGCACUGGAAAAGGAGUUGCAGGUUUCUUUAAAACAGGUUUUAACAGCCCUGUUGAAUUCUAGAACCACCAGUCACUUGCUGCGUUACAGACAGGCAGCAAAACCACCUGAUUUAAAUCCUGAGACAGAGGAGAGUAUCCCAUCGAGAAGCUCUCCAGAAGGCCCUGAUCCUCCUGUCCUAACAGAAGUCAGUAAACAAGAGGAGCAGCAACCUCUGGAUAUGGAAGGAGUGAAAAGAAAAAUGGAUCAAGGAGGUUACAUUUCUGUGCUGGAUUUUAGUGAUGAUAUUGUGAAGAUAAUUCAAGCAGCAAUUAAUUCCGAUGGAGGGCAGCCAGAAAUUAAAAAAGCCAAUAGCAUGGUCAAGUCCUUCUUUAUUCGGCAAAUGGAACGUGUUUUUCCAUGGUUCAGUGUAAAGAAGUCCAGAUUUUGGGAGCCAAAUAAAGUAACAAGCAACAGUGGUAUGUUGCCAAACGCAGUGCUCCCUCCUUCGCUUGACCAUAAUUAUGCUCAGUGGCAGGAGCGUGAAGAGAACAGCCACACUGAACAGCCUCCCCUGAUGAAGAAAAUCAUUCCAGCUCCAAAACCCAAAGGACCUGGAGAGCCGGAUUCGCCUACUCCUCUACAUCCUCCUACACCACCUAUCUCUGGUUCUGACAGAAGCAGAGAAGAUAGUCCUGAGCUUAAUCCACCUCCGGAUGUAGAAGACAACAGGCAGUGUGCCUUGUGCCUGAAAUAUGGUGAUGAUAGUGCUAAUGAUGCUGGACGCCUUCUCUAUAUUGGCCAAAAUGAGUGGACACAUGUGAACUGUGCUUUGUGGUCAGCAGAAGUAUUUGAAGAUGAUGAUGGUUCUCUGAAAAAUGUGCACAUGGCUGUGAUCAGGGGAAAGCAACUGAGAUGCGAGUUCUGCCAGAAGUCAGGUGCCACAGUGGGCUGCUGCCUCACCUCCUGCACAAGUAACUAUCAUUUCAUGUGCUCACGAGCCAAGAACUGUGUUUUUCUGGAUGAUAAGAAAGUUUACUGCCAGAGGCACCGUGAUUUGAUCAAAGGAGAGGUGGUUCCUGAGAAUGGGUUUGAAGUUCUUAGGAGAGUUUUUGUGGAUUUUGAAGGGAUCAGUCUGAGAAGAAAAUUUCUUAGUGGCUUGGAGCCAGAGAACAUCCACAUGAUGAUUGGUUCAAUGACGAUAGACUGUUUAGGAAUUCUGAAUGACCUCUCAGACUGUGAAGAUAAGUUGUUUCCCAUUGGCUAUCAGUGCUCCAGGGUGUACUGGAGUACAACAGAUGCCAGGAAGCGCUGUGUGUAUACCUGCAAGAUCAUGGAAUGCCGACCGCCAGUCGUAGAACCUGAUAUCAAUAGCACUGUAGAACAUGAUGAUAACAGAACCAUUGCCCAUAGCCCAGUUCCCCUUACAGAAACUCUAUUCAAAGACAGCAGAAACACACCUGAAAUUGUAAACCCACCAUCUCCAGAUCGUCCCAUGCAUUCUCAGACCUCCAGUUCCUGUUAUUAUCCUGCAGUCUCAAAGGGUCUUAGGAUCAGGACACCAAGUUAUCCAUCCGCACAGAGGUCUCCUGGCUCUAGGCCUUUACCCUCUGCAGGAAGUCCUACCCCAAUGACCCAUGAAAUAGUUACAGUGGGAGAUCCUUUGCUAUCCUCUGGACUUAAAAGCAUUGGUUCUAGAAGACACAGCACUUCCUCAUUGUCACAGCAACAGUCAAAACUCCGGAUGAUUUCACCUACGCGAGCUGGGAAUACUUACUCCAGGCACAGUCUGUCUUCAGUUCCCAGCAUAGGGUCCUCUUCAGAACAUGAACAGACUACAAAAACUGCUGACCACUUUGUGGGAUCUGUGAAUUCAGGUACCACAAGUGCUCCGGUUCAAAGCUGCUCUUCAAGUUCAGGCUCCCAGAAGACAGCAGCUGCAAGUGGAACUAAAACUUAUCAGCUGGAUGCAUCUCAGUCUACAGAAGGAAAACAUCCUGGUAGUUCGGAUUUGGUUGCCAAAAGCACGCCUUCAAAGGGAGAGAAGGUGAAAACGCUGACCUCAAGGGACCCAGAUUAUUCAGCUCAUAGUUUUUCUUCUGGAGGAAACUCCAAAGCAUCAACUCAACCAAACAGUUCAUCAGGCACAGAAAUAAAUGUUAAAAUAGGAACCUUUCAAGAAUCUGCAGGAUCAUUUUCUUCUAAAGAAACAGUAUCCUUUCCAUCUUUGCAUCAGAGAGGCCCAAGGAAAGACAGAGAUCAGCACUUGGAAUCUGUACAGCCAGAAAAAACUGCUUCAGUUGAUGAGAUAGAUGCAAAGAUGCUGAAGUCUGCAGGAGUAAAUAGCAGAUCUCCUGCAGCAAGCGAGCAGGUAGUUUCUGCCACCAGAGACAGGCGUCAGAAGGGGAAGAAGAUAGCGAAAGAGAGUUUUAAAGAGAAGCAUUCCUUGAAAUCUCUCACAGAUUCAAGUCAGGCAGUAGGCAGUGAUGAAGGAAAUCUGACGUCAGAAUUUGGUAAUCAGGGUUUGGUGACUGAACAAAUUAGUCAGAGGUUGUGUAAUAAUAUUCCUGCUGAAAAAACUGUUGAGAAGUCUCCACCUUCGCAGGGGUCAUCUAAAGGUUCUGUAGUGCUGCCUGAAGUGGCCCCUAAGGAAUCACAGGCACCUAGAAAACGCACCGUCAAAGUCACUCUGACUCCUCUCAAGAUGGAAAGCGAAGGCCAGUCUAAAGCUGCACAGCAGGAAGGUGAUGCUGAACCUCAGCCUGCAGGGACAGAGCUUGCCUCUUCAGCAGAGCCCUCCUCCAAUUCUGAAAGCCCAGAAGAUAACUCUGUAGUUCAAGGAAGUCCAAAUAAAGCACCGACGCAGGAAUCUGAAAAUAAUGCAUAUGAAAACCUGCCUGUUCAAGAUAACAGCUUGAUGCUUCAGGAUGGGACCAAAGCUCAAGAAGAAGGCUCAUACAAGCGGAGGUAUCCACGGAGAAGCGCUCGGGCCAGGUCUAAUAUGUUCUUUGGACUGACUCCUCUGUAUGGUGUGAGGUCUUAUGGAGAGGAAGACAUUCCAUUCUACAGUAACUCAACAGGGAAGAAGCGAGGGAAGCGGUCUGCAGAAGGACAAGUGGACGGUGCGGAUGAUUUAAGCACGUCAGAUGAGGAUGACUUGUACUACUAUAAUUUCACCAGAACGGUGGUUUCCUCCAACCCUGAGGAGAGGCUUGCAUCCCAUAACUUAUUCAGGGAGGAAGAGCAGUGUGAUCUUCCAAAAAUCUCCCAGCUAGAUGGUGUAGAUGAUGGGACUGAGAGCGAUACAAGUGUCACAGCCACAACUAGAAAAGUAAAUCAAGUAACUAAAAGGAGUGGUAAAGAAAAUGGAACGGAAAACUUAAAGCUGGAUAGAACUGAAGAAACUGGGGAGAAAGUACAAGUCACAAAAAGCCCUGCUGUCCACAAAACCGAUCCAAAGAUGGAUAAUUGCCAUCCCGUGAGCAGGGUUAAAACACAAGGUCAGGAUUCUCUGGAAGUUCAGCUGAGCUCUUUGGAAACGGGCCGUAGGGCUCAUGCAAGCACACCUUCUGAUAAGAACUUGCUGGAUACUUUUAACACAGAACUUCUGAAAUCUGACUCUGACAAUAACAACAGCGAUGAUUGUGGAAACAUCCUCCCUUCAGACAUCAUGGAUUUUGUACUGAAGAACACGCCGUCCAUGCAGGCUUUAGGAGAAAGUCCAGAGUCCUCCUCGUCUGAGCUUCUCACACUUGGAGAAGGUUUAGGCCUUGAUAGCAACCGGGGCAAAGACAUGGGUCUGUUUGAAGUGUUCUCUCAACAGCUGCCAACAACUGAGCCAGUGGAUAGCAGUGUUUCUUCGUCCAUAUCAGCAGAGGAGCAAUUUGAAUUACCCUUGGAACUUCCUUCUGAUCUCUCCGUUCUGACUACUCGCAGCCCAACGGUGCCCAGUCAAAAUCAUAACAGACUUGCCGUCAUUUCAGAGUCUUCGCUGUCCUCUUCAGGAGAGAGGUCAAUGCUGGCCUUGCCCUCCACAGAAUCUGGGGAAAAAAGAGUUACAGUCACAGAAAAAUCCACCUCUAGCGAGAGCGAUGCAGCUCUUCUGAGUCCAGGAGUAGACCCGAGCCCUGAAGGGCACAUGACUCCUGACCACUUCAUCCAGGGUCACAUUGAUGCAGAGCAUAUAGCCAGCCCACCCUGUGGCCCGGUAGAGCAAGGACAUGGCAGCAACCAGGAUUUAACUAGGAACAGUGGGACUCCAGGUAUCCAAGUGCCCGUGUCGCCCACCGUUCCCCUGCAGAACCAGAAGUACGUUCCCAAUUCCACGGAUAGUCCCGGCGCCUCUCAGAUUUCUAAUGCUGCAGUACAGACAACACCACCCCACCUGAAGCCAGCUGCAGAAAAGCUUCUCGUGGUCAAUCAAAAUAUGCAGCCACUCUACGUCCUCCAAACGCUUCCCAACGGCGUUACUCAAAAGAUACAGUUGACACCUUCUGUGAGUUCAGCACAGAGCGUAAUGGAGACGAAUGCCUCAGUGCUGGGGCCUGUAGGGAGUGGGCUCACACUGACCACAGGAUUAAAUCCAAGCUUGCCCUCAUCUCAGUCCUUAUAUCCUCCCACUAGUAAAGGAUUGUUGCCCAUGUCCCAUCACCAGCAUAUACAUCCCUUCUCCACAGCCACUCAGACUGGCUUCCCACCAAACAUUGGCAGUCCUUCGCCAGGUCUCCUUAUUGGUGUGCAGCCACCCCCUGAUCCUCAGCUGUUGGUGUCUGAAGCUAAUCAGAGGACUGAUCUUGGUACCACUGCUUCAACACCAGCUGCAGCCCUGAGCAAGAAACGGCCAAUAUCUCGACUGCAGUCAAGGAAGAACAAGAAGCUGGCUCCCUCUGGAACCCCUUCUGCAAUAGCUCCUCCUGAUAUGGUCUCAAACAUGACUUUAAUUAAUUUUGCUCCUUCCCAAAUUUCCAACCACCCGUUGGAUUUGGGAACCAUUGCGAAUUCGACGUCCCACAGAACCGUCCCCAAUAUUAUCAAAAGGUCCAAGUCUGGAGUAAUGUAUUUUGAGCAAACCUCUUUGCUCCCCCAGAGUGGGACUGCAAGUGCAGUUGGCACAUCUCCUAGUGUUAUUGGGCCAGAUGCUGGUCACCUUCCAGCAGGGCCUGUGUCAGGGCUAGCAUCAAGUUCCUCGGUACUGAACGUGGUAUCCAUGCAGGCCACAGCAGCCCCUACCACCGGUGGGUCAGUUCCCAGCCAUGUUUUGGGACAAAGCUCAGUGACGUUAACUAGCCCUGGAUUAUUAGGGGACCUUGGUUCCAUAAGCAAUCUCUUGAUCAAAGCUAGUCAGCAAAGCCUUGGUCUUCAGGAGCAGCACAUGACUUUACCACCAGCUUCUGGGAUGUUUUCACAACUGGGAACAUCACAAACUCCAUCUACAGCAGCAAUGACAGCUGCGUCAAGCAUCUGUGUUCUGCCUUCAGCUCAGACUAUGAGCAUGACAGUUGCCCAGUCAUCUACAGACCCGGAAGGCUCUUAUCAGCUUCAGCAUAUGACACAACUCUUGGCCAGCAAAACUGGGAUUGCUUCCUCACAGCUGGACCUCGGUGCAGCUUCAGCCACAGCUCAGCUGUCAAGCUUUCCACAGCUGGUUGAUGUUCCCAAUAGUACCAGACUGGAACAAAACAAGGUUUCCUCAUCUGUGCUGCAUGCCAGUUCAGCAUCUCCUGGAGGCUCCCCGUCGUCUGGUCAGCAGUCUGCAAGUAGCUCUGUGCUUGGCUCAUCGAAAAUGAAACCGAAAAUCAAACGCAUUCAGCCGUCUUUGGAGAAAGGGAAUGGAAAGAAGCACAAAACUUCUCACAUGUGGACCGGUUCCUCUGAAGCACAUGUUCCUGACAGAGGGACCACUGCUGCACCCCAGAUCUCAGCUGCACGGACUCCUGCUGUGAAGACAGAUGUGCAGGAUGCAGCAAGCACAGAUCAGCCAUCGCAAACACAAUGUGGCCAGUCUACAGGGCAAACGGCAGUUCUCCCAGAAUCUCAAUCAACACAGACCUCAACAAGUGAGCAAGAAGAUGCAGGCUCAAAAGCUAUUGAGGAAGAAGAGAGCACCUUCAGCUCCCCACUUAUGUUUUGGCUGCAGCAAGAACAAAAGAGGAAAGAGUGUCUUGGUGAGAAGAAACCCAAGAAAGGUUUGGUUUUUGAGAUCUCAAGUGAUGACGGCUUUCAAAUCUGUGCAGAAAGCAUUGAAGAUGCCUGGAAGUCACUGACCGACAAAGUUCAAGAAGCCCGCUCCAAUGCCCGCCUGAAACAGCUGUCAUUUGCAGGUGUGAAUGGUUUGAGGAUGCUGGGGAUUAUCCACGAUACCGUUGUGUUUCUGAUUGAGCAACUUUAUGGAGCAAAGCACUGCCACAACUACAAGUUCAGAUUUCAUAAACCAGAGGAGGCCAAUGAACCUCCUCUGAAUCCACAUGGCUCUGCUAGGGCUGAAGUCCACCUGAGGAAAUCUGCAUUUGAUAUGUUUAAUUUCUUGGCAUCUAAACACCGACAGCCACCAGAAUACAACCCAAACGAUGAGGAAGAGGAGGAAGUACAGCUGAAAUCAGCCCGGAGGGCAACAAGUAUGGACCUGCCAAUGCCCAUGCGAUUCCGACACCUGAAGAAGACUUCCAAGGAGGCAGUCGGUGUCUACAGGUCUCCCAUCCACGGCCGGGGCCUGUUCUGCAAAAGGAACAUUGAUGCAGGUGAGAUGGUGAUUGAAUAUUCGGGCAAUGUCAUUCGCUCCAUCCUCACUGACAAACGAGAGAAGUACUAUGACAGUAAGGGGAUCGGUUGCUACAUGUUCCGCAUUGACGACUCGGAAGUGGUGGAUGCCACCAUGCAUGGGAAUGCAGCCCGCUUCAUCAAUCACUCCUGUGAGCCCAACUGCUACUCUCGGGUCAUCAACAUCGAUGGCCAGAAGCACAUUGUCAUCUUCGCCAUGCGCAAAAUCUACCGGGGGGAAGAACUCACCUACGACUACAAGUUCCCCAUUGAAGACGCCAGCAACAAACUGCCCUGUAACUGCGGCGCCAAGAAGUGCAGGAAGUUUUUAAACUAAGAACUUCCGCGAGCUGCAAGCGAGCCCUGAAGGGCGUGGGGCGAACCAAAGCUAACAGCGACCCCCUGCCCUGCCAUUCGUGCAGGGAGGGGGAAGGACAGAGGCAGGAAUGAAGAUCGGCUGGGCUCAGGGACCCAACUGGCGGCUGUGUUUCUCUGUCAGAGUCCACAUCUUCAUGUCUUGCAUGCGCACACUUACCCUUACGAAAGACACGGGCGACUGGAGAAGAUCCUCAGUGUGAUUAUGUUUUUGCUAUUCUCUUUCCCACCCCAACCCUCCCCCCCCCCCAGAAUUUGUUUCUCAGAACGGGGCUAAUGAGUGGGAGUGGGGAGGGAAGGCAGACCCGCACCCAAGUACAGAGGACUGAUGGCAGAUCCAUCCCUUUGACCUCUCUUGGCUCAAAGAGGUGAAUGUGGAGCUCACGUUUUCGUUCGGUUGCUGUGUCAUUAGUUUCCAUAGCACAGUACGUGACUGCGCUUUUCUCCUAGGGAGAGAAACCGUACCCCACCGACCAGCUACUCUGAGAACUUUGUGAGUGUCUGUGGUUCCUUGUGUUACGCAUCUCCAAAACACUAUCUGUGAGUUGGUUGGUGUGCUGUGUGGUGUAGGUGGCUGCUGUGCCGUGUGGCUCCGGCUUAUCUGCUUUAAUCUAGGAAGACUGAAUGGGGGAGAGGGUCGUACAGCAGCCAGAAGUCAAGUGAGAAGGGUUUGGAUAGUGUUUCACUCUGAAAUUCCAGCUGGAGUGCAAAGGGAAUUCCUGGCAUUCCUUAGCAGAGAAAGGGCUUGUGCCAACUGGUUACAGAGCUGUAAAUCUUUGUGAGCAAAGGCUUUCUUUCAGCAGCACCCUCCCCCUGCUAUGAAGGAGGGAAGCAGUCUUUUCCCAUGCUUCUGCCUUUGGAGGCUGCCUUUCUCCUUUGACCUAGGGACCGAAGGGCUCCCCUGCCACCGUGGGACUGCUCCCCAGGGAAGAAAGCAGUGGUGGGAGCUGCUGCUGCUGUUGGCUGCAGAGCAGGAGCUGGGAAGGGGGGAUUUGUGUGCAGCCCCACUGAACAGCAUCCUAGGGAGACAAACAAGUGGUUCUGUAGGCGCGUGCCUGUCUGACCUGCAGUCAGCACGUCGUUUCGUAAUCUUCCAUGAAAGGCACAGGAAGAGGCACCAAAAUGGAGUGUAAAUUCACUGAAGAUGCAAGGCCAAACACUAACCAGCCUCGUGGACUCCGUGCAGCACUUAAAAAUGCACAGGAAACAAAUGGGCGAUUGGCACGGUUGAAAAUCACGGUAGCUGAAGAGUCAGACUUAGUCAAAGUGAAUCGAAAGACACUAUUGUCCUGGUUCAAGUCAAUGCUCCUCCCUUUUGGGUCUGCUCCACGCCUCCAAAAAUUAAAAAGAAAAAAAAAAAAAAAAAAAAAAAAAAAAAGAGAAAAAAAAAAAAAAAAACAGAAAAAAGAACGAAAGAAAAAGCCCCAAGCCUAACAAAUUGAGACAUUGGAUUUUACUCUGUUCUGUUUACAGUUUAGUAUUUAAGGUUUUAUAAAUGUAAAUAUAUUUUGUAUAUUUUUCUAUGAGAAGCACUUCAUAGGGAAAAGCACUUAUGACGAGGCUUUUUAAACAGUGGUAUUAUCCUAAUUUAAAAGAAUCUGUUUUUAAUAAUUUUUUUAUUUUCAUAGGACGGUUAUAGGAAAUAUCUGGCUGGACACAGUCUGAGCCUUUCUCCAGAGAGAGGGGUACACUUUAUUUUUAUUUUUUAAUCUUGUUCUGCCUUUUUGACUUCGGUAACUGUUUCUGUGAGGUUUGGCUGGACCUUAAACUUGGAUUUUCUUGUCAAGAUGGGGGCAGGAGGGAGAAUUGCCUGGCUUUGGAGGAGUUGUUGGGAACUCUGAACAACUGCUUGUGCCCCCAGGCGGGAGGCAUGAUUCUGCCUUGCCACACACCAGUAUCCUGUGUGUAUUUAAGGAAAAAAAGAGAGAACUGACCGUAAAUAGCUUCACCCCUUUUGCCUGGUGUUCAGAAUGAGCAUUUCAGUGGGAAGCGUGGCUCUUCUCACCCUGAAGCGUGGGGAGUCGCAGCCCUGGGGGCAGCGAGGGGCUCUGCUGGCCCAGCCUUGUGGCACCUGUGGGGUCUCAGCAUCCCUUUCUGUCCACAGCAGCUUCCCCAAGGGAAGGCCCUGCUUUUCUGCUCUGGGGGAGCCCACAUCUUUGCAGACACACGAACGCAGUCCUGUGGAAAUGUAGCGGAGCAGUAGGGCCCCAGAGCUCCACCCGGGGCAGCGCGGGGCUCCCACCCGCCAUGCACUCCUCAUCCCCGACCCAAACACAGAGUGGAUUUUCCUUGGAGCAGUAAACUCUUGAAGCACCCUUGCUUUUCUGAGCUGGACCUGUGGGUAGGCGAGCUGGGAAAGGCUGCUGUGAAACAGCAUCAGCAGCUGGUAGGGAAUGGAGCAAACUGAGCGAUACCCCGGUGGUCGUGAUCUCACACUCCGUUAUCUGUGCUCUUCAGGCCCCACGACCUCUUCCUCUGACCUGGGAAUGAAAUACAGCUCUCACAGGGUCAGGAACUGCUGGUUUCCUUUCUUUAUUGCACUGUGUGAUUAUUAUUUGGUAAUAACUGUUGAAAGAAGAAUCCAAUCGAAGCUGCAUUUGUUACUGAAAUGAUUUGAUGCACUGACAGUUUGGGAACGCACAUAACCUUGAGAAGGCCAAACAGCAUGUCUGGGGGGGGGAGGAGAUGUCGGCCCUGCUCCACGGACACGGCUGCUCUUUGUCCUUGUUCUGUUUUGGACAGCAGUGCUUGGUUAAAGCCAAGAACGGUGCGCAGGUUGCACAGCUCAGCCCGGUCCCUCACGGCCGCGCUGUGCAGUUGGGAGCCCCAGCACCGCUCCUAUAGGAAAUGCUGGAAGAGAGGGGUGGGCAGGAGAGCCGUGGGACCCCCCCAGGAGCUGAGCACCAGGAAAUCUCCUCCUGUGAGGACCGGCCGAGCAGAAAGGGUCCUUUAGACCCGGCUCGCUGUUCGCUUUGCUGCUAUACCUGUGGCGGCCGCCGUGGCGGCACCGCCGUGGCCAGUGAAACUGUCUGUACCCAGAGAAGGUGAGCUGUGCUGCUGGGCAGGGCCCCGACCCGCUCCCAAAGCCCAGCGUGGGUGCUUGAAGGAAGGCAGGGAGAAGCCUUGGCAGCUGCUGUGUGUUUUCCAUCAGGCACCACGCCGCGCGCCCUGCCCUGCCGCUGAGCGCAGCACAGCUCCCCAGUAUAUGAAUGUAUAUUUUAUAAGGACUGACACAGAUCAUGAUAUCUGAAAAAAUACUACAAAAUGGAACCUUAGGGCGUUUAUUUUUAUUUGUGCAAACCGACUUUUGGGUUUUUUUCUUCUUUUUCUUUCUUUCUUUCUUUUCGUUUUUGUAAAGGAAAAGCGGGUCAUUGCAAAGGGCUGGGUAUCUUUCUGUUAAUUGUUCCUUCUUUCGUUUCCAAGCAAUACCAGGUUCUUCAGCGAGAUGGUCUUUGUGCAGAAUCAUGCCAUUCAAACCCAUGCUACUGGUCCACACUCAACACCUGCAAGUUUUUUUUAAUAACUAUAAAUACGAUAUAUAUAGGAACUAAUAUAGUAAUGCACCGUGUAAUGAAGCCUAGUUCAGUAUCGGUCCAUGGCUUUUAAUUCUCUUAACACUAUAGAUAAGGAUUGUGUUACAGUUGCUAACAGGGGCAGGAACGGCGCAGGCUGUGCGUUCCCAGGUGGUGCCUGGAUGAGGGCUGGGCGAUGGGAACGGGCGGCCGGGGGCUUUCCUGCCCUGUAUUGUUACCAGUCAGUACUUGUACAACUUGGUUUCUUCCUUUUUUUCCUUUCCUUUUGGUAAUGAAUGUUGGGGUACCACCUGCAUAUAGGGAAAAACAACGUGCUCUGUGCUUUCCUGGUAUCUUUUGAACAAGGUACAGUAGCUUUUGUCUAUCAACCGAGAUCUAUACUUGUGGUGUUUCUUUUAUUGAACUUAACGGUCUCUUUAGUAAAUACAGGUAGGUGAAUAAUUGUUUCAAUUAAAGAGAAAAAAAAAAAAAAAAAAAAAAGAAAAAAAAAAGAAAAAAAAAACUCCGCCAAGUUAUGUUCUAGGAUUACAUUUCCUGACAACUUAUCAUGUAUAACAAACCUGUAUUUUAUUUCCUUGUGUUCUUCCGAGCUUCUGGUUUUCUUUUGGUUAAAAAAAAAACAACAAAACAAAAAAAAAAACCAACGUGUCUAAAGUACAUCAGUGUUAACUCCCUGGCACAGGGAAGAAGGAAAUACUUUAAUAGUUAAUUAAAAAAAAAUAAUAAUAAA